GUAAAAUAUCGUCCAAGAUUUGCCGUUUCAGUCGUCAUUGCGGCUUCAUUAAAAUCAGGAAAUAACAACUUGUGAUCGACAAUUUGAUACAUUAUUGCAACGCGCUUUGGAAGUUAAACUUCACAGUACGCUUCAACACAUCGUCUUCAAAGAUGGCCUUUCGCAGUGCCCUGAUCUCUCUGGCGAUUGUUGCUGUUUGCUCCUCGCAUGAGCUGACUUUCCGAUGGGAAUCUGAAGUCGCUCCUACCGAUGAUUUCAAUGGACGGCGUCAUUCAGAGAAGGAAGCGGUUUUCCAAGACGUCCAGAAGCUUAUGGCAGGUGAUGUCACACCUUGGUGCCAAUGCUUAGUUCAGUCCUGCUCGUGCUGCGUCGAUCGCACCGUCACCGUGGACGGCAAAAACGGCCGGAUGAGCGCCUGUUUAGCAGUCGAGGUUUGGUCUCCAAUAAGCUACGACGUCUCGUUUGGUAUCAACGGAUUACAUCUGUAUCAAAAAGUACAAAGACUUGAUGCAAACAUUCGCGAAUGCUUCCCGGCCAGCAGUCAAAAACAAUCCGAGAUAUGUUUUGAACUCUCCAAGAACACUGGCAAAAAUUGGUGUGCUGCACUGUAUGGCACACACGUUGAUGGGGUCAAGAAGGAGACAGACAAACAAGCUUUGGGCUGCUUUGAAUUACCGAAGUAAAUGUACGAUAGUUGAUAAUGAACUGGUACAGUGUCACAUAAUAAGGACGGCUGGUGCCAGUAAUCGCACCGAACUUUUUAACUAUGUAACAGUGUUACAUUUAUGAUGAUACUGCGUUAUCUAAAAACCUUACACACAAAUGCACUUUAUUAUAAACCUAUCCUUCUUAUGCCACAAAUAUUAUUAGUACUGUUUUUACACUCUAUUACGAGAAACCAUUUUCGCUUCUAACAUUGUCUGUUUCAUAUCAUGGUAGAAAUACAACUUCUUCAUUCUAUAAACAUUUCCACAGAAAUCAUUAUUAUUCCUGGAAAACAAACAUUAUUUGCUUGACACAGGAAGUGACGCCAUAUUUUAGCGUAACGUUGUUCGGCAGAAAAAAAUAACUUGACUGAAAGCAGGUCGUAUCCGGGGAAAAUUUAUUUUGAGACAUAUGCUGAAAAAGAUAAUUAAUAAAUGGAAUAUUAGCUUA